UUCUUGUCAAAAAAAUCAUUGGACUCCAUAUCAGGAAGCCGUUUUCAUGGAAUGAAUCAAAACCAUUUGUCCAAAAGACCGCUGGAUUCCAUAUCUGGUAGCAAAUUUCACGGAAUGAAUCAAAACUAUUUGUCAAAACGACCGCUGGAUUCCAUAUCUAGCGGGUUCAACGGAAUGAGACAGAACUUCUUAUCAAAGAAAAGCUUUGACUCUAUUUCCGGCAGCGGGCUGCACGGGAUGGGCCAGAACUUUCUCGACGGGAAGAGAACAUUUGACUCAAUCGGAGGGGGUGACUUACAAGGAAUGGGCCAAAAUUUUCUGACAUCAAAAAGAGGUUUUGACCCAAUUUCAACAGGCUCUCUGCACGGAAUGCGUCAAAACUUUUUCGGACACAAAAGAAGUUUUGACUCAAUAAGCAGAAAUCGGUUAGGAAAUUUACGUCAAAAUUUUUUGAGUAAACGAGCAGACGAGAGCGCGGAUGAGUGGAGUGUUAAUAACGCUUCACCCGAGAAAAGAUUCGAUUCGAUCAGCACUAGCGCUCUCAAUGGCAUGGGCCAAAAUUUCUUCGACAAAAAGUACUUUGACAAUUUUCCAGAAGGUGCUGUAUCGAAGAGGUUCGACCCCAUUUCUUCAUCGGGGACCUUAAGCGGAUUACAACAGAAUUUCCUUAAGAAAAAAGACUCUGACUCCAGGUCGGCGGGCGGGAUGGGAGGAGUCCGCCUGAGUUUUCCACGACAGACAGGAAGUGUGGACGGCAUGACGUCAUCUAAACGCCAGUUUGACUCCAUCUCUGGGGGCAGCGGCAUCGGCGGUCUGGGUCAGAACUUCCUGAACAAGCGACAGUUUGAUUCGAUAAACGAGGGGGAUAUAGGCGGGAUGGAGCAAAACUUUCUCAGUGGGAAACGAUUCGAUACCAUUUCCAGUGGUAAAAUGGCAGGAUUCAAUCAGAAUUUUCUUGGCAAGCGACAGUUUGAUUCCAUUUCUACUGGGGAGAUGAGCGGGAUGGACCAAAACUUUCUGGGAAAACGCGGCUUCGAUUCCAUCAACAGCGACUCUCGCAUUUCCGGAAUGGGGCAAAAGUAUUUGGUUCGUCGUAGCUCCAGCCUCGAACCUCUACCCUCAGCAGAAGUGAGCGAGCAGCCCCAUGACGUCUACAAACGCAGCCCAGAGGAUGUGACGUCUCUGGAAGCCAGUCACGACUCGGCUGUUGUCACCGGCGAUACUUCAGAACCGAUCGGACCUGAGCAUCGUUUUAUAAAACGCAGCUUCGAUUCUAUUUCCAGAUUUUCAGGAGGUAUGGCGGGCAUGAGUCAGAACUAUCUGUCUCGCAGAGCGUCUAACACUCGUGCUCUGGACUCGAACUCCCAACCGUCGUCGUCAUCAGCAAGCUACACUAGCCGUGGCACUAACGACGUGACUUCACUCGCCGGAGUAGACAACGAUCACGAACUCUGGCGCAUCCUGGACAAGAAAAACUUGGACUCAAUCUCCAGAUUGGGCGAUUUCCGGCUUUCAUCAGAACUUCUUAGGCUUGCCGUCUGCCAAACGCGCGGGCCAGGGCGCGCGAGACUCCAGCCAACAUCACCCCGCCACCGAUCCUCUCUUCAAUCGAUGGGAUUACCAAAGAUCGGGGUCCGCAGAUUUCUCAGAGAUUAAAACCGAACCAAGCCGACCAGUCAGUUCUGACAUAACUGACGAUUCUGUCAACCUAAGGGAAGAGGAAAUGGACUCACCGUUGUCUAACGGCGCCAAAACAGCCACGGUCGUCAACAGUGAUGACGUCAGCAACGAA